GGGCGUGUCCUUGGGAGAGAGCCGUGUGGCGGAAGUGCUGCUCGCGCGCGCCGCUCGAGCAGAUUGAAUAAUGGAAUAUUGGGUGAAGAUGCACAGAAGAUGGCUAAAAUCUGAAAUGUUAAUCUGAAAUAAUAUGUGAAUUGCAUAAUAUUGCACUGAAGAUGUAGGGUACUUUCUGGAAAAAUGCUAGCUCCCUUACUUUGCUGUCCAACAGGAAUAUUUAUUGCUUUUAAACCACUGUACCCAUGAAGCACUGAAGUGCCCUGAAGAAUUUAAUAUAUUGUACAGUUGACUUAUGGCGUUUUGGAGGAAAGCCACACUUUCUCGCAUUGAAAAUCCUUGUUUCCUAAUUUUCUUGAUAAUCUUUCAAGCAAUAUUUAUCUUGCUACUGUACAGAGGCAGCUCUUCAGUUGUGCUUCAGGAUCAUUUAGAUAUACCUAACCAAGUGGACUAUUCAAAAACACAAGAUGUAUACACAAAUCUCAGUUUGUAUGCCCCUGUUCCUGAUAAAGCAACUAUGAGGUACUGCACAUCCGAUACUGUGAUGAAUGUUGGACCCUUGACUAUCACCUUUGACGUCCUACCCAGUGAAAGAACAAUAAUUGACAAAAACCCAUAUAUCCAGUCAGGUGGCUGCUAUAGCCCUCCUCAUUGCCUAGCCAGUUACAAAACUGCUGUCAUCGUACCCCACAGGAAUCGCGAGAGGCAGUUGCGCCACUUUCUCUAUUACCUUCAUCCCUUCCUCCAGCGUCAGCAGCUUUACUAUUGUAUCUACUUGAUCCAUCAGACUGGAAGUGGUCCAUUUAACCGAGCAAAGCUCCUUAACGUUGGAGUCCGUGAGGCCCUGAAGGAUGAUGACUGGGACUGCCUGCUUCUGCACAAUGUGGAUCUCAUUCCAGAGAAUGAUUAUAAUGUUUAUAUCUGUGAGGAAUAUUACCCCAAACUCAUGUCUUCUGCCAUUGACGUGUUAGAUUACAGCUUGCCCUACUGGUCCUUUUUUGGUGGUGUGACUGCUUUAACGCCAGAACAUUACAUGAAGAUUAAUGGAUUUCCAAACACUUACUGGGAUCGAGAUGGUGAAAAUGAUGACAUUGCUAAAAGGAUACAAAUUGUAGGGAUGAAAAUAGUUCGGACGCCACUUGUUAUUGGAAGAUAUAAAACGGUGGAUGGUAAACAACCUUCUGAUCAUCCACAGGAAAUUAUAAGACCCCAGUUACACACCAGGGAAACAUGGAAAGAUGAUGGAAUGAAUUCUCUUGACUUCAAACUUCUGGCAAGGAAGAAACAUCCUCUUUAUAUGAACAUUACUGUGGAUAUUGGGGCUGCACCCGUGAUAUCUCCUCAGGGCAAAAAAGAAGGGAAUAAAACAAGUUUUGGCAACCUGUGAGCCUUUUGCAAUGUUGCAAUGUUGAUGUUCUCUCAGGAACAAAAUGUUGUGGGGUGGCGAGAUGUAGCUACCCCUCUAUCAGAGGAUGAAGCUUCUUUUCUGUAAGCUACCUGUAAGCCAUAAACAUUUCAGCAAUGGAAACCACACAUCUGAGUGAGAGAUAUAGAAAGCAAGUCAGUGAGCCAGGCAGCAAGAUGACAUUUCUGUCACCAGAGAGUCCCCACGGAAAACUCAGUGACAGGAUAAUACACAGCAUUCUGAAGCAUAUUAAAAGUCACAGCAUUCUAAAAAUCUUUGUUCUGGCAGCAUGUUCCUGAAAAGGCACUUGAAUUCUGCAAACUCUGGUCUUGGUCAUUUCCUUUUGAACUCACCAAAAGGAAAAUCCUCUCUUCCCAGUCUGACUGCAACAAAACCUGGGAAGGAGCAGUAGGUCUUCUAUACAAUCUUCCCAUGGAUUUGCUGGAUAUGUGUAUCUACUGAACCCUACACUGUCCAGAUUCUUGGAUAAUUCUUAGAUCAGCUCUCCAUCUGAGGUCCCUGUAGAUGUUUUGCUCAUAAUUCCCAUUAGUUGUUGACAAACCGACCAGACCUGAUAAAAGAUGUAAACUUAAAAAUUUAAAGAAAUCCAUGUUGGAGAAGGUUAACUUUGGUUGUAAUGAGUAGGAAUUGUGCAUCCAUCCAGAUCUUGCUGGAUUUCAGUUUCCAGUAUUCUUACAAGUGAUUUGUUUGUAGGAGUUGUAGUCCAACAUGUGAAAAGACAUGCAAUUCCUACUCUAGAUUUAAAGUCAUAGGUACUUACCGUCGCUAUACCCUCCAGCAACUGGCUGGGAGAUAAAUGGAGAUAUUUGACCUAUUUUAGGCAUCUCAUUGUACUUUAUUCUUCACUGGAAAUCAAAUUUUCCUUCAGCAGUGUUCAGACUUUAAGAGUGCAGUUAAAUGUUAACUAUAUUUCAGAGUAUUACUUUUGUCAAGGUGUAUUUUUCAAUGAAUUCAAAUAAACUAUUGGCUUAUGAAAGAA